AUGAACGCGGCACAGCGUAUCCAGCGCCAGCUCGACGAGGUCCUCAAGAGCCCCGGAAAUGACAAGUGCGCCGACUGCCAUGCGCUGCAUCCCCGCUGGGCGAGCGUCAACCUAGGCAUCUUCCUCUGCGUCACAUGCGCAAGUGUCCACCGCAAAAUGGGCACGCACAAGAGUCGAGUCAAGUCGCUCACUCUGGACGAGUGGACGCGCGAGCAGGUGACGACAAUGAGGGACAUGGGUAACACAAAGUCCAACUCGAUCUACAACCCCGACGAGAGGCUGUACCCGCCUCCCGUGACCACUGGUGCCGACGAGCGCGACUCUGAGAUCUCAAAGUACAUUCGCCGCAAGUAUGAGCUGGGUGCGUUCAAGCGCGGCGCUUCUCGUGGCCUGGCAUCGAGCAAUGCGAUUACGUCGCGUGCCCUUGCCCGUGACGCCCGUUCCGGCCAGUCGUCACUGGACACGCCCAGCUUUGACGGUGCCAUCAAGCAACUGCCAGCACUCCCCAUUAGCCCCGGCCGCAGGUCAACCGCAUCGACUGGACCUGUUUGGAACAACCUCUCAUCGCAGAACACCGGCGCGAGCGCUGCCAGUGCCAGCUCGUCUGGAUCAGCCGGCGGCCGCGCGACUUUCUCUGCUCCCACCCGCUCCAUGACUGCGCCCACGUUCAGCGUCACCCCGGCCGCGACUUCGCUCUCGGCACCUGCUCGUGCCGUCGCCCCCACCACCAACGCUGCUGCUGCUGCUGCCCCGGCACGCCCCAACCUCCUCGUCGACGUCGCGGGCUCGUCCUCGUCCACCCGCCCGCUCCAGCUGUCCAACUUCCCAACUGUCCCGGCCUGGAACCCGCAGCAACAACCACCUGCCGCCACACCAAACUUCCACGCCGCCACCUCCCCCAUGCCCAUCACGUCGCCGCUCGCUCUCGGCCAGCAGGCCUUCUUCUCGGGCUCGGUCUCACCCCAGCCGAGUGCCUUUGCCUUCCAGCAGCAGCAGCAGCAGUACGGCACGUCGCCCGGCGCGCCGCAGAUGGGCAUGCAGAUGCAGAUGCCCAUGCAGAUGCAAGCGCAGGCCCAGGCGCAGGGCGCGUUCCUCCAGCAGCCCAUGGGCUACAUGCAGCAGCCAACGGGGUACAUGCAGCAACAGGGCAUGGGCAUGGGCAUGAACGGCAUGAACGGCAUGAACGCGGUACAGAUGAACAGCGGCGGCGGCAUGGGCAUGCAGAUGAACGGCAUGGCCAUGAACGGCGGCGGCAUGAUGGCCGCGCCGUACGGCCAGCAGCAGUACCAGGCCUAUGGGUCGUACUAG